AUGCAUAAAUUUGAUUCUUAACUUUUUAAAUUAUCAGUUUCUUAGAAUGAGUGGGAUUUAACAAUAAGAGUAUUAAUAUAAUAAAUAUAAUAAUAGAAUAAAAAGUGGAAGGCAUAAAUAGAAAACAAAUUCAUUACAAAGUUGAUAAUGAAUAAUGGCUUAUGA